AAAGCGGGAGUUGGCACAUAAAAGCGAAAGACGUUUGUGAGAGAGAGAGAGAGAGAGAGAGAGAGAGAGAGAGGGACUGCAAACUAAAUGUGACGUUGCCUUUAGUGAGAAUUAAGUGCGUUAGUGUUGGAAGCGUGCGGAGUAUCGGAAAGUGGCGUGAGUGGCCGGAAAAUGUCGACGGAGGUAGGGAGAGGGCAGAAUUUGGAGAAGCAGAUGGGAUGCAUGGCUGGUUUUCUGCAUAUCUUUGAUCGCAACCAGAUUUCGAACGCAAAACGGUUCCGUUCCCCCAAACGCCUCCCUCCUUUGCCGCCGGUUGUGGAUACUGCGUCGGAGUCGGAGGAUUCAGCUUCUCCAUCGCCGGCGAUUUUGAGGGAAGCCGGAAAGUCGAUGCAGCGGAACUCAGUAGCAGCGCCUAGUCCGGACAGGUCGCCGGCGGCGGAGCUCAGAUCACCUACGGUGGUAGCAGCUGAGUUGCCGCCUAAAUCACCUAAUCCUCUUCGGAUCUUCGAAUUGAAAGAAGGCGUCAAAUCCUCAUGGAAGUUCAGCAAAGAGACGCCGAGGCUUUCGCUCGAUAGCAGAGCUACAACUGAUGCGAACGGAAGCCUUCACCCCAAAGAGAUCCGCACAGGUGCUUCCGUUUUGUCCAAUCGAUGCGAGAGUGUUGCGAGUGAUGCGACGGACGAUACGCAGCAGCAUCGGUCUCCGAGUGUAAUUGCCAGACUCAUGGGGCUGGAGCCAUUACCAGAUUCAUGCAGCUCUGAGCCAGAAAACAAGCCUGAGCUUCGGAGAUCUGCUUCCGAAUCGAGAGUCUCAAGAGAUCUGUUUAACGCUCGAUUCACCGCAGAUGGAACCAAUCUCUAUCCCAAGCCGAUAGGUCAAUCUCAACCUGCCAUAUUCAACAAUAUUAUGAGAAGCAAUUCACCGCUGAAUGCACAUUAUGCAAAUCCAGUAAACAAUUUGUUGAAGAAUGCUAUCGGCAACGCGGAACCGCCUAAAGGCUUGAACAGAGGCGGUUACAGUUCUUCGUCGCCAUGGAAAGCUCAUCAACACCGCAGAAGCUUCUUCGAUUCGGGAGACUUCUUCCCAGAGCCAAAACAGAAGGUAUCAAUCCAUGGGGAGAACAACAUUAGAUUGACAUUUCGAGGAUUUGACGAGCCUUCAAGAGAUUUGGAGACCUUGAAACAAAUCCUGGAAGCUUUGCAGCUCAAAGGACUCCUACAUUCUAGAAAACCGUCUGAGCAAAAUCAGAUCAGCCACCACCGGAAAAUUGUUUACGGUGAGUCACCAAUCUUCGUAGCAAAAAUUCCGACAUCAUCGACUCCAACGCCGCUUAAUCGGAAGGCCGGAAAUGACUAUUCGCCGGCGAAUAAUAGAAAUCAGAACCGUGGCCUCCGUCGGAACUACAGCCUCGCCGGAGAAAAUCCUCCGAUGGUAAGUCCACGCCGUGACCGCAAUGGAGUUGGGAGGCGGUCAAACUCACUGGUGAAGCCAAAACUACUGAGCGUUGAAACUCAGAAGAUGAUGAACGAAUCGAUGGAUAACCGAAGAACCUCACCUGUUCACUCUCCGAAGGUUAACUCGCGAAGAACCGGACCAGAUCCAACGGUCAACAACAAAUCACCUCGGAGCAAGAAAACAACAACAACGGCCAUGAUUCAUCAUAAAGAGAAGGCGAUCACCGCCGUUGCGAGUACGGAGGAUGAAUCCUCGUCCAAUUCCGGAAGCAGCGUUACAACUUCAACUGACACGGAGAGAUGGAAGACUGAGGAAUACAAAGAAGGAAGGAAUUUAUUGGAGAGAUGCGACAAGUUGCUUCACAGCAUAGCUGAAAUGACCGCCAUUGAUACGCAGCAGCCAAGCCCUGUUUCCGUCCUCGAUUCUUCAUUCUACAAGGAUGAAUCUUCGACUCCAUCACCUGUUACGACGAAGCGUAAUCUUGAUUUCAAAGAUGAAUCUGAUGCAAUGGAAGAUGAAUCAUGGAGCUCUGUGAUUUCACCAUAUCCAUCCAAAUGUGAAGAAUUAUCAUAUGAUUCUGAUUUCGUAUAUGUCUCGGAUAUCUUAAGAGCAGCCCAUUAUUUCCCGGAGCACUCGGACGUCUUUCUAUUACUAGAGAAGGAGCAAUAUCUCAAUGGAAAGGACACCUCAAAAAUCCCCAGGUUACAAAGGAAGUUGAUCUUCGACACAAUCCAAGAAAUUCUCGACAGAAACAGCCGGCUGCCUCCAUGGAAAGCUGUAAUGAAUCGCAAGAAUUCCAUGAAACCAUCCCUCAACGAGGUUUGGUCAGAAUUUCAGAGAAUUCGAGAGGUAAACACUGCUGAUGACUUGUUCGAGACCAUAUGCAGUGUGCUGAAGAAGGACUUGUCCCGGGACGAGACAACGGGGUGGGGAGACUGCCCUGAGGAAAUGUCUGAAGCCAUAUUGGACAUCGAACGGCAGAUAUUCAAGGAUCUAGUCAGCGACGCCAUCCGCGAUCUCGCGGAAUGGGCAUCAAGAAACACAUCUUCACCACCCUCCAUGAUGAUGCUUAGGAGGAAGCUGGUCUUUUAAAUCAUUCAUAUUUGCUGAACAGGUUUGAUUGUUUGGGAUUGGGAAUGAGGAAUUGAAGUUGGAUAAUGUAGUAGGAGUGGGGAUAGACAUGGACCUACUUUACUUGCUUAUCCUCUAGCUCUAAGCUUAUCACUUCUCAUCAUCUCAUACGCCUACAUGACAACAAUGGGGCUACCAUGUGAAGAAGAAGCUAUACAUACAUUAUGUAUAUAUGAAUCACUCACACACACAUCUUUUUUUUUUUUUUUAUAACGUGAAAUAGGUUCGAUAAGAUGAGUCACGUUAGACGGACCAUGUGUGACAGAUGAACCUAAAGAUUUCGGGAGUUUGAACCCAUAAUUUCACGGUUAUAAGUUCAUCCCACCACCAGGGACCACACAAUUUUAUUUUAUUUU